AUGUCGUGUCAAAGUAAUCCUUUACAACAGUUUGUUGGUAAAAGUGAUAGAGUGGGGACAGCAGGUUUUGGAGCUCGUUUCAAUAGUCAGGAACAGUUUCCGCCUACGCGUUCCAUAGAACACAGUUUCUUAAACGGUCAAAAGAAUGAUGGGUUUCUGGAGAAUAAGUUCUUGGAAGUGCAACAACCCUCGCCAGUGUUUCCCGCAGAGUCUGUUUCGAAUGUUUGGUUGAAUCAGUUUUCUUCGAUGAAAUUAGAAGACCCGUUAGAGUUUGACAACGAAUACAAGAAGCUUUAUGCAGGUUACCAGUCGCAACAGACACGUCGAAAUGUGGCACACGUUUCCCCUGCUUUGCAUAGAUCAAUUUAUCAGCCAGUGAUGAGAAAUCCUGUGGCCAAUGAUGUGCAUUUUGAGCAAGAGUUUGAAGCACUCGAGAGAGAGUUGCAAGAUGAUAAAGAUGAACUUCUGGAUGAAGAAAGUCCUUUGGAUUAUGAAUUUCAAAAGAUUGCUAGUGAUAUUGUGAAUUCGACAUCGAAUUCACCCUCUCCAGUGAGCUCUAAACUAUCGGGCUCUAAAUUUAUGGGUUUGAUGCGUGAUAUAAGUGGUGGAUUGGUCAGUAUGCGUUCAAACGAGCUGCGAAAAUCGGAUGGGAGUGUUGUAGGUAAUGAAUUCACUCCAGUGAUGGAUAAUAUGCAUAAGACUAAUGAUUUUGAUGUUCUAUAA